CAAAACACUCGGCUUCAAAGAAAUUAGCCAAGUCCCAGCAAACACAAACACGUUGUCCCGCAUUCCUUCCAAGGAUGUUUGCCACAAAUCUUUGGAAGAGGCUGGAGCUCUUGGCGGGGUAAUUAAACGUUCCUGCCUGCCACCCCAGUAUUUCCUUCCUGUCACUACAACCGAACUCUGCCACUCUUUGGUUCUAUGUCGGCUGGAGGACCGGAGCAUGAUCCUGUCCACUUUAAGUAUUCAACCCGGGGGUGAAGCCAUCAACAAGUUGUGAGAAGAACACAGGGCUCGUCUCAAUUCCCGCAAUUCCCAUCCACAAAGAUGUCUGGAAUAAAGAUGUCCCAGGAGAAGGAGAAGAGCUCCGUACCUAUGGUGACGUUGUCUGUACCCCAGGAACCUUAUGCUCCAGGAUACUCUGCUUCCUACACCCCGGAGGCCUACACAUCACAGCCCUACAAUCCACAGAUGUAUGCCCCACAAACCUACGGCUCAGAAUCACAGAGCUAUACACAAUACGCAUCAGAUCCAUAUGCAGUUAAUGUUUCGGAAACUGAGCAUUAUCGCGUCACAGGUGCUUGCUGCUAUGAGAUUUCUACUCCACCUCCAUAUAGCUGUGAAGAAGUGCCUUGUGACACUCUAGGACCAGUUUGCAUGGACUCAUCCCCACCUGUUGUGGUGGCCGGGAUCUUCUCCAGUAAACCUGCGUCCACCAUCUGCCCCUGUUGCCGACAGAUCAUCACCACCGAAGUGGUCUUCCGAGUGGGGUGCCUAACCUAUGCCGUCUCGACCUGCCUGUGCUUGGUGGGGUGCUGCCUGGGCUGCUGUCUCAUCCCCUUCAUGUCCAAAUGCUGUAAGGACGUCGAUCAUUAUUGUCCCUGUUGCAGAUAUCACAUCUACCGGUAUAAAAGGAUCUAGCUGCUUAGAUGAACAGCCCACCCAGCUGUCUCCUUGGAAAUCAAAUGGGAGCAAAGGUGUUUCCAACUUGGAUGGAUUCACACUCUCCAUCCUGGAGUGUUCUUAUGUUUGGAACUGGAUUGCAUUUAUGCAGGAUGGGCUCCCUAAUCUGCGGUGAAGCUGGCUGAGCUCCGGUCAACAUUGGCCUCCUUCAGCCUCCUCAGCAGGGAAGUGGCUUGCAGCCGGUCAAAGAUCUGCUCUAGGAUUUUCUGUAUUACUUUCCUGGUAUUUGGAGGUCUGUGAAUUAACUCUUGUUUUUGGUU